AUGGAGAAGUUCUGUAAGACAGUGGUUCCUAGCUUUCUCACCAAACUGUGGAUGUUAGUCGAUGAUGCUGUCUUGGACCAUGUGAUUCGCUGGAGCAAGGAUGGCCACAGCUUUCAGAUUGUGAAGGAAGAAACUUUUUCCAAUGAAGUACUACCGAAAUACUUCAAACAUAACAAGAUAACCAGCUUUGUACGACAACUUAACUUGUAUGGUUUCCGAAAGGUGAUUCCACCACCGGGCGAAAAUACUAACCAGGAGAAGAAAGUAUAUAUGGAAUUUCAGCAUCCACUUUUCAAAAGGGGAGGAGCCUAUCUUCUUGAAAACAUUAAGCGAAAGGUGUCAACCUUAAAAAUUGAAGAUGACAACCCCUACUGUGAUGAGUUUCAGAAAGUUGUGACUGAAAUGAAAGAGUUAAAAGACAAGCAGAGCAAGAUGGAUGCCAGAUAUGCACAAAUGAAACAUGACUAUUCAGAACUAUGUCUUGAACUUACAAACCUAAGAAAGAAGUACUGUGAGCAACAGCAACUGCUGACACAGAUACUCCAUUUUAUCUUGGAUUCGAUGAGUGGGAACCAUACAGUACUAAAAAGGAGGAAAAGGUCAUUAUCACUCAUAUCUGGGGCUUCAGAUUCUGAAUGGGACAAUCAGUAUUUCCAUAUUCCAGAGGACAAGAAGAAUGAAGCUAUGGAGAUACUGAAAGAUGGUUACGAACUUGUUGAAGACAAAUACAAAAGUAUCCUUGACAGAGUCUUACCAAUUUUGAAAGACUCCAAAAAGUUAAUUUCACCUGUAGACCAGCCAAAUGGAGAUGAUGGAAAACAUCCUGAAGUAUCAGUUCAGAAUAUACCUAUGAAUGAAGAUUCACUGACCAUUCAGUUGGAUUUGACCAUACCAUUUCUACAAGAACAAACAACUGAGGAAUCCUCUGAACAGGAACUUAAGGACAUUUCUUUGGAAUUAGAUCAUUCUUCUCAAGAUUCAGAUUGGAUGAAUGAUGAAUCAGACACUCUGUGUAACAAUAUACUUAACAGGGAUACAACAUAUAUGCAUCAUACUGAAGACAAUUCAGUAGAGCUACAUUCAUUGCUGCAUAGGAAGUCAAUGAAUUAUGAUUUUGAUCAUUUCAGUGAGAGUCUAAUUCUAAUGAAAAAUGAAGAAGAAAGACUUCUGCUUGACACCAGUGGGGAAAAAGACAAACAUGUAACACAAUGCAUGGAAAAAUCCCAGCUUUUUCUGUUAGAUGAAACACCAAUAUGUGAUUUUGGAGAAAAUAUUCAAGAUUCUAAUGACAGUCUUUUGGAUGAUAAGAAGAACCCAUCAAAUGUUUUCUCAGUUUUACAUGACCAUGAUUAUAUAAAAUUCAAUAUUUCUGAUCCACAAGAAGAUACUAUAAAUACUACUGAAAAUAUUCCCCUGUUAUGUAUGGAAGCCAGUAGGGAACCCUUUCUCUUUCUCAACCCUCUUUCUAAUAUUUUUUGA